GUGGUGCUGUUGUUCAACAUGUGUUGUAUAUAAAUGUGUAUGUUUUCGACCGGGGGCCAAACGCUAAUCUAACGUUACGUGACGCGAAUUUAAAGGAACUUUUACGCCAAACCCCGCUGUGAAAAAGUGCGCGAUAACAAUGUGUCGUAAACGAUGACCGAUAUUUGGACUCUUCGUUAAAUAACUUAAUCAGGCUAAAGCACGAGGACUGGUAGUGUCCGUUAAAGGUGUGAGGGGUGAGAGGUCACAAUGGGUCGCUCCUCCAAAGACAAGCGGGACAUUUAUUACCGCCUGGCCAAAGAAGAGGGCUGGAGAGCCAGGAGCGCCUUCAAGCUGCUGCAGCUCGACCUCGAGUUCAACCUGUUCACAGGUGUGUCCAGAGCCGUCGAUCUGUGUGCGGCGCCCGGCAGCUGGAGUCAGGUCCUCAGUCGGAAACUCAGAGGGCAGGAGGGGGCGGGCGACGCUGGGGAGGAGGUGAAGAUCGUGGCGGUGGACCUGCAGGCCAUGGCCCCCCUGCCGGGAGUCACUCAGAUUCAGGGAGACAUCACCAAGGUGUCGACGGCUCAGGAGAUCAUCCGUCACUUCGAGGGUCAGCCGGCCGACCUGGUGGUGUGCGACGGAGCUCCGGACGUAACCGGUCUCCACGACGUGGACGAGUACAUCCAGGCCCAGCUCCUCUUGGCCGCUCUGAACAUCACGACUCACGUCCUGAAACCCGGAGGGACCUUUGUGGCCAAGAUCUUCAGAGGGAAGGACGUGACUCUGCUGUACUCUCAGCUGAAGAUCUUCUUCAGCGGUGUGACCUGCGCAAAGCCUCGCAGCAGCAGGAACUCCAGCAUUGAGGCCUUCGUGGUGUGCCAGAAUUACUCUCCUCCCGACGGUUACGUCCCCAACAUGUCCAACCCUCUGCUGGAUCAUUCCUACGAUGUGGACUUCAACCAGCUGGAGGGUCCGAACCGCAUCAUCGUUCCCUUCCUGGCGUGCGGUGACCUCAGCGCUUUCGACUCGGACAGGACUUACCCUCUGGAGUUGAAUGCUGACAAACCGUACCAGUACACCCCCCCCACCCAGCCGCCGAUACGGCCCCCCUACCAGCAGGCCUGCCACCUGCGCAAAAACAACCUGCUGUCCCGGGAAGACGCUCCGUCCAACCAGAGUCAAGAGGAGGGGGAUCCACCCGACAAGUCGUCAAAGGAACAGCAAUGUUAGCUUAGCACAAAGCGGGGGGGGGGUUGGCUAGCUUUUUCCAUAGGCUAACUUUGUACUAAACAUAAAGGUAUCCUUUUUCUUUUGUGACAGAUCUGUUAGGUGCAAGGAAUUGUAAACAUUUUAUAUUUAAAAAUAAAAGUUAUCUCUUUGGAGGCAAACCAA